AUGAAAUUGACGUCAAGCAUCCUCAGAGCAGCCAUCCCAGUUGCUGUGAUCGGCGCAGCAAUCCGGAAAGGACCAAGCUCCCAGAUUCACCGCAAUGAGCAUGCGCGACGCAUGCUGGGGUCCUCUUUUGGAAUUCCGAAAGACCAAACAUUCGACUACCUCGUUAUUGGCGGUGGCACGGCGGGCUUGACUAUCGCAACUCGGUUGGCAGAACAGGGCGCCGGUACAGUCGCUGUGAUUGAAGCCGGGGGCUUUUAUGAGUUGAACAACGGCAACGUCAGCCAAAUACCCGCCCAAGAUGCCUUCUAUGUUGGCACCGAUCUCGACGAUUGGCAGCCGGGUAUUGAUUGGGGGUUCCACACUACCCCUCAAGCUGGUGCCUACAACCGCGUUAGUCACUAUGCGCGAGGAAAAUGUCUGGGAGGCAGUUCAGCUCGUAACUACAUGGCAUAUCAGCGAGGAACCAAGGCGUCGUACCAGCAGUGGGCAGACACUGUCGGAGAUUCGAGCUAUACCUGGGAAAACUUUUUGCCGUUCUUUGAAAAGAGCCUUCAUUAUACCCCCGCAGACUUAUCCUUGCGCGGGUCUAAUGCCAGUGUCGCCAGCGAUCCUACUGUCCUUGGAAAUGGAAAAGGCCCCUUGUCUGUCACCUAUCCUCACUAUGCCCAGGCAUUCGCGACAUGGGGACAAAAGGCAUUUAUUGAGCUUGGACUCAAGAUUCGCAAAGGGUUUCAGAGUGGAGUGCUGAUGGGUCAAUCUUACGGUCUUUAUACCAUCAAUGCCACGACCAUGCAUCGCGAGUCCUCUGAGACCUCAUUCCUGCGUCGGGGCCUCGCUGAUCCGAAUCUCACGGUCUUUCAAUCUACUCAGGCUAAACGCAUCAUCUUUGAUGGCAAGCGAGCUGUUGGAGUCAAUGUCGAAACAAUGGAACGUCAGUACAUACUCUCGGCACGCAAGGAGAUUGUACUCUCCGCAGGAGCUUUUCAAUCCCCCCAGCUACUCAUGGUCUCAGGCGUUGGCCCCGGAGCCACGCUACAGGCGCAUGGUAUUCCCAUCAUAGCGGACCGACCAGGUGUGGGUCAAGGCAUGCAGGAUCAUAUCAUUUAUGCCCCUUCUUACCGAGUGAACGUUCUCACGCAGUCAGCCCUGUUAAAUGAGGCGUUUGAGGCUCAGGCCAACCGCGACUACAACGAGCGAGCCGCGGGGAUCUAUGCCAAUCCCACAUCGGAUAUCCUUGCAUGGGAAAAGAUCCCCGAGCCCAAGCGCUCGGCCUGGUUUUCAAAUCACACUCUGGAAGUACUGGCUGAAUAUCCGAAUGACUGGCCUGAGGUGGAAUUCCUGACCAUGGGAGGAUAUUUCGGUUAUCAAAAGAACUACAUUCGCGACAAUCCCAGCGAUGGCUACAACUACGCUUCUCUCGCAGUGUCGCUUUGUACACCACGAUCGCGGGGCAAUGUUACGAUCUCUUCAUCCGACGCUGCAGUGCCACCGGUGAUCAACCCUAAUUGGCUGACUGAUUCGGUGGAUGUCGAGCUCGCCGUAGCUGCUUUCAAGCGUACUCGCGACUUCUUCAACACCACGGCCAUUCAGCCUAUUCUCAUUGGGCCUGAAUAUUUUCCAGGCUCGCAGGUUGCCACCGAUGAGGAGAUUUUGGAUCAUGUCCGCAAGAGCUUUGAUACUAUUUUCCACGCUUCUUGUACGUGCGCUAUGGGCAAGCUGGAUGACCCCCAGGCCGUAGUGGAUUCCAAGGCGCGAGUCAUUGGCGUCGAGGCCCUGCGCGUAGUGGAUGCCUCGGCGUUUGCUCUACUACCACCUGGCCAUCCUCAGUCUACUAUCUAUGCACUGGCAGAGAAGAUUGCGUGCGACAUAUCCGGGAGCUGUUGA